AUGACAAUACCUGGGACGAACGAAUGCGAGGGUAAUCCGUUCACACGCUUCGCAUUUGCUUCAGGUCGAGAGGAUGGUGGCUCGACGAAGGAUGUCAAGAGAGAGGCAGAAGGUGUGCACCAGUCGAGAGAUGCCGUUGAGUGUACGGAUACCGACCUUGAGAAGUACGUGGCAAGCCCUUCAGUUAGUGAUCUUCUGACGGACGUCAAGCCAGAGAUGAUUACCACCCGAACAUGUCGUGCUGCUGUCCAGUCGUCCAAGCAGAAAAGCGGCGUCGUAAAGCCGAAUCUACGACUAGAGCUACUGCUGGAGCUCUACGCAGCACGAAAAGAGAUCGUGGACGCGCCGAUCGACAAGUUCGGAACGCACAUGUGCAUAGCUUCUGGUGUCUCUAGCGCCAAAGUCGAGCGCUUCCAGCUAUUGGUAGCAGCGCUGCUCAGCUCUCAGACUCAGGACUCAAUCACGUAUGCAGCGAUGCAGCGUCUGCAUCAAGUCGGAGGAAGCGACCAGGGCCUCACUAUUGAGGCCUUGCAGGCCACAAGCGAGGAAAAGCUGAGUGCAGUGCUCAAGCCAGUGGGUUUCUACCGUCGCAAGGCACACCACCUCAAGCUAGUAGCUGAUACUCUACACACGCAAUACCACGGGGAUGUCCCUCGUGCACUCGACCAGCUCCUUCAGCUGCCAGGCAUUGGGGCCAAGAUCGGCCGUUUGGUCAUGCUAGUUGCAUGGGGACAAGUCAAUGGCAUUGUGGUCGACACACACGUUCAUCGUCUAGCGCAACGACUCGGCUGGGCAUCAACUUCGACGCCCGAAGACACGAGGCGAGCUCUUGAAGAGUGGAUUCCACGCGAACACUGGGGCAGCCUGUCAGUCGCGGUCGUGGGCUUUGGCCAGACCGUGUGUACUGCGACACACCCUUCAUGCUCGACGUGUCCACUAGCUGUCAAAUGUCCCAGCGCUUUCAAGAUGAACUCCACAGGAACAACCAGCAGCAUGUACCAGCAGACGAGCAAGAAGCGCCGCACCCACGUCAGUCAAAAAGAUACGCGAGAUCCGUCCCACCGCGAGAAAAAGAAGUGA